AAGGCUGGUACAAAUGGCAUUGAAAAGAGCCAACACGGACACGAUGGCCACCCUUCUGUGCUGUAAAUGUCUCCGGUUCGGUGGGUUGGGUCGGGUUGGCAGUCGAGACUGAGCUGUAGCUGUGAACGUCUCUCGUAGGAUAAGAAGAAGAAGUAUGAGCCGCCUGUGCCAACGAGAGUCGGAAAGAAAAAGAAGAAAACCAAAGGGCCGGACGCUGCCAGCAAAUUGCCCUUAGUCACUCCUCACACCCAGUGCCGACUCAAGCUGCUCAAGCUGGAGAGAAUAAAGGAUUACCUGUUAAUGGAAGAGGAAUUCAUCAGAAACCAGGAACAGAUGAAACCGCUCGAAGAAAAGCAAGAGGAGGAGAGAUCGAAAGUGGACGACCUGAGAGGGACCCCGAUGUCGGUGGGAACCCUGGAGGAGAUCAUCGACGACAACCACGCCAUCGUCUCCACGUCCGUGGGCUCGGAGCACUACGUCAGCAUCUUGUCGUUUGUGGAUAAGGACCUGCUGGAGCCUGGCUGCUCUGUCCUCCUUAACCACAAGGUCCACGCUGUUAUUGGGGUACUCACAGACGACACAGACCCUCUGGUGACAGUGAUGAAGGUGGAGAAAGCGCCACAGGAGACGUACGCUGACAUUGGGGGUCUGGACAAUCAGAUCCAGGAAAUCAAGGAAUCUGUGGAACUCCCGCUCACCCAUCCCGAAUAUUAUGAGGAAAUGGGAAUUAAACCUCCCAAAGGUGUUAUUUUGUAUGGAGCGCCUGGCACAGGCAAGACCCUCUUGGCCAAAGCAGUAGCCAACCAGACCUCGGCCACCUUCCUGCGUGUGGUGGGCUCCGAACUCAUUCAGAAAUACCUGGGGGACGGCCCCAAGCUGGUGCGGGAGCUGUUCAGGGUGGCUGAGGAGCACGCCCCCUCCAUCGUCUUCAUCGAUGAGAUUGAUGCCAUCGGUACAAAAAGGUACGAUUCCAAUUCAGGCGGAGAGAGAGAGAUCCAGAGGACGAUGCUGGAGCUCCUGAACCAGUUGGACGGGUUUGACUCGCGAGGCGACGUGAAAGUCAUCAUGGCCACAAACCGUAUCGAAACGCUGGACCCAGCUCUCAUCAGGCCAGGGAGAAUUGACCGUAAGAUCGAGUUCCCUCUGCCGGACGACAAGACGAAGCGGCGGAUUUUCCAGAUCCACACGACCCGGAUGACGGUGGCGCUAGACGUGAAUCUGGACGACCUGAUUCUGGCCAAAGACGAUCUGUCUGGAGCGGACAUUAAGGCGAUCUGCACAGAAGCUGGGCUGAUGGCACUGCGUGAGCGCAGAAUGAAGGUGACAAACGAAGACUUCAAGAAGUCGAAAGAAAAUGUUCUGUACAAAAAGCAGGAGGGAACACCUGAGGGCCUGUACCUCUGAUUACCGCAGCAACAGCACAACCACCUCCUCUUUCCCCUCCUCUCUCCCCCCUCCCUUUCUCCUCUCUUCCUCCUCCCUUUCUCCUCUCUUUCCCCUCUCUCCUCCCCCUUCUUUUCUCUCCGCCCCCCCCCUCCUCCUCUUACCCUUCCCUUGAGAUAUCACAAAAGGAUUCAAGCUCCAGUUUCAAUGUGGAGUAUGUUGGAUAGUUUGAAAUGUAAUCCUUGUGAGUGUGUGCGCGUGUACACAAUAUGCAGCAGCUGUGAGUAAAUACUCUGUGUACAUCGCAUCUUGAAUAAAGUAUACUGGACGUGUUUUGAAA